AUCUCUGACUCUCUUGACAUCAACUAUUCCAAUAUGCCCUCUCAAUCACGGGCUUUGAACGCGACUCAGCCCUCCCAGACCCCGACGCGAUAUGCGCCCUCCACACCUCAUGCAAUCCGCGCACUACAACAACGAAGCGGCGCAAAGACCCGCUCUAUACGCAGGAGAAGGGCAGUCAGCGACACCGUCCGACCCGAUUCAGCUAGGGGCAUCUUAAGACAAUUGGCUAAGAUUACUGCGCCUGUUACCAGGAAGAUAAUACCUACACCUGGAACUGUGCGGGGGAAAGAAAACAAAGUACCAAAGGUUGGAAGACCGGUCGAUGACGGACAGGAUGAAGGGCAAAGCGUCAAAAGACCACGAUUGGCUUUGGAUAUUGACGAAAGUCUGGAGAGCAUUGAGGCGCCUGAACUUAGGGAGGAGGAUGACGAGGACAGUGAGCUCCCGGCGGCUCCUACGCCUUCUAUCCUACCAGAGGACGACGACGGAGAAAGCGAGCUACAACAUCAGAAUCCAACGUUCACAUUCAGGUCAAUUGAUUACAGGAGCCAGGCGCAUUCACCUGAUGACAGCCGCCGCAUGUCAAGACGUUCCUUUCCUGCAUCAGACCCUGUCGGACAGGCCAGCUUUAAUGGCGGAGACGAGGAAUCAACAUUCCUGUCCGAGAGAGGCAGAAGGGCCGAAACAGUUGACCCAACAGAAAAUCUAUCGCGAUACGACUUUGGGGUCCUCGACAUGGAGGGGUUUCAUUCUGAGCUCGAGAUCAGAAGAGAGUCGCAUUAUCAGGGUCUGCCCGAGAGUCCGGAGAAAAUUGGACACGAUCUGGCGGAGCUCGAUCCAAACUAUACACCUCUUAGGGAUGGUGGAGGGGAGACUGAGGUCUUGAGGGACCUCCAACAUCUUCAGAGAUCUCCCUCCUCAGCACCGCCUGACGAGAGCAAUUUGCAUAUCCCAACAUUGGAUGACUCGAACUUCCAAUUGCCUAUCCCUGAUGUGGAAACAGCUUCAAAAUAUGCACAACAUGCUCAAGAAGCAAGGCUCGUCGAAGUAUCACCAUCAAUGGAAGAUCGACAUUCACGACAAGAAGCCCGGGAGUCAGCAGAAGAGUCUGAAGAUGGACAACCGUCCGAACAAGGCUCUGUUGGGGAAGAGGCACCGCGACCAGCACCUCAGCAGCCCCGUCGGAAGAAACUAAAGUUGACCCGCCAUGGCGAACUGGUACCCUCCUUGCCCUCAAGCCUCAUUAGACGGGUAGCCAUCGAAGCUCAAACCCGCCUCGGCAAUCGUCGACCUAAACUCGGAAGGGACCACAUGCAAGCCCUCGAACAGGCGACCGAGUGGUAUUUCGAGCAAAUUGGCGAAGACCUGGAAGUUUACUCUACCCACGCGCGGCGGAAACGCAUCGAUCAGAGCGACGUCCUAAUGUUGAUGCGUCGGCAGCGGUUGCUUCAGAAUGAUGGGGAGCUUCUGAAAGCUGCGAAAGAGUUGCUUCCCCAGGAGAUUGCGGCUGGCUUGGAUCCCAAUGAGUUGUCGGAUCAGUGAUCAUCGUUGGACAUUUUACCAGUUGGUGACAUGGCGAACCCGUCGAGCUCUGUCGAUCGGUUUCUUCUUCAGCAGCAGCCACAUCAUGAACGUUGUGGCGGCGGAUAAUGAGUACCUGAUGGAUUAAUGAGAUACGAUAUGUUGCAAGCCAAGCGCAGACACUCACCAUGUAAAGAUAUACUGCAAAUGAUUGUUCCUCAGAUUGACUUCUGGUGCUCUCCCGAUGGGAAUCCCUCUGGCCUCUCGAGAGUAACUAAC